AAUCUAUCUUGAGACUAACAUGCAAACGCUACUUAUUUCAAAGUGCUAUAACAAUUGUUAGAAACUUAAAUUAAUUGGAUGGUUGGAUAUCAGUAUAUACAAUAUUUGACGGAUCGUUUAUGUAGCAAUGUAAUUUCCCCUAGUCGUCUAAUGGUACCUGCCCACAAAAAAAAGGAAAUCUACAAACUGGAGCAGAAAUAAAAAAUAAAUUAAAUAAUGCUAUUAGAAUAAAACGUGCAUGUGGGUGAAAGACAGGAAAGCCAGAGAGUGUGUCUGCGGUGCAGGGGGACGAGUCUGAAGGCUCUCUUCCCCCGGUGUGAACGAGGACAAAGGGCUGUGAGGAGGAAAGCGCGCCUCAGAUGAGACUCUGAAGACAGAUGAGAUCGCGGGAGGUCAGUCUAUGAGCUGCCGGUGAAGUUGGCCAGGCUUUCUUUCUGUGAUGGGACUCCGAGCUGGACUGAAGAAGUAGCUGCGUAACACAGCCCUGGUCCCACGGGAGCUGGGAGUACAGUUACACACUCCAGCAGUGUUCUAUGUUUCAUCUGCUGCACGGAGAACAGAAUCCCUCUUUGUUAUCUAAUAUUGCUGCUCUCUCCCCUUCUCUCUCUCUCUCUCUCUCUCCCCUUCUCCCUCUCCCUCUCUCUCUUCAAUACACUGCUGUCGUCAGUGCAAGAAGCAUCUCUUGCGAACUCCAUCUGAAAAAUCCAAACUAAACAAGUCUCUCACUUUCCAAUUCAAGUAUGAUUGAGGAUACUAAACAGGACAAUGCAGGCAAGCAGAGUGGCUACUGAUACUGGAGCAACUGGGGUGCAGAAGGACUGACUGAAGCCCUUUUCUCUAGACUAAAAGUAUAUUAAAUAAAGGAAGAAAAGGAGUCUAUUAAAUAUCAAAUACAACUUUGAUGCAAAAUAAAACAAGUCUGGGCUGCAAGAACACAAAGGCAGAAGUGUUUGUGGUUUAGUUGCUUCCCAACACCACCUUCACACUGAUUAGCUUUUUAAAAAGAAGCCAGAGGGACUUUUUUGGUUUGUUUCUUUCUUUGUCAAACCGCAAACCAGCCCUUUGCACUUUGAAUUCGAUCCAGCCCUGACAGAAGCAAUGAGCGAGGCCCUCCGGCUUCCGGCCCUUCACGUGCAGGUCCCUGGCGACUGCAGCAGCAAUGACAGUGCCGCUGUGACGGGGACAGUAGCCUGGUCCAGCUCGUCCACCCCCACGCUGAGACGGAAGCGUUUCAAGAUGCGCAGGAUGAAGAACGUGUUGAGCGAGAAGGAGCAGCUGGGGAACGGAGAGCUGCGCAGGGGCUGCUCCGGCUCCAAGGAGUACCUCCAGCUGCCCUCCAUCGAGAUCACCCCGUCCAGCGACGAGGAAGCACCCUGGUCCAACUGCUCCACACCCAGCGCCUCUCCCCGACGCAAGCGCUUCCUGCUCAAGAAGUGGCUGAAGGUACGCGAGAAGAAGGACCAUGGGAGCGAGAGCAGCAGCCAGCAGAGCAGUCAGCAGAGUAGCCAUGACGACGACCCGGCUCGCUUCCUGACCCCCUUCAGCAGAGAGGAGAAGUCUGAUGGUGGAGCCGAGAAGUUUAGCACUGCCAGUAACUCAAACCGGAGCACGCCCGCUUGCUCGCCCAUCCUUCGCAAGCGCUCGCGAUCGCCCACCCCCCAGAGCGUGGAGGGUGAGAACAUGGUGGAGAAGGGCUCGGACCACUCCUCGGAUAAAUCGCCCUCGACCCCCGAGCAGGGGGUCCAGCGCAGCUACUCCUCGCAGUCAGGCCGCAGCGGGGGCAAGAACUCCAAGAAAAGCCAGAGCUGGUACAAUGUUUUGAGUCCAACGUAUAAACAGCGCAAUGAAGACUUCAGGAAGUUAUUUAAACAGCUGCCGGACACAGAGCGACUCAUAGUGGAUUACUCCUGCGCCCUGCAAAAAGACAUUCUCCUUCAGGGCCGGCUCUACCUCUCCGAAAACUGGAUCUGUUUCUAUAGCAACAUCUUCAGAUGGGAAACUCUGCUGACUGUACGCCUGAAGGAUAUCUGCUACAUGACAAAAGAGAAAACCGCUCGCCUCAUUCCCAAUGCUAUUCAAGUUUGCACUGACACUGAAAAGCACUUUUUUACCUCAUUUGGAGCCCGGGACCGAACCUACAUGAUGAUGUUCAGACUGUGGCAGAACGCACUUCUUGAUAAGCCGCUGUGCCCCAAGGAGCUAUGGCACUUCGUACACCAGUGCUACGGGAACGAGCUGGGCCUGACGAGCGACGAUGAAGACUACGUGCCCCCCGACGAUGACUUCAACACCAUGGGGUACUGUGAGGAGAUCCCGGCCGAGGACAACGAGGUGAAUGACAACUCCUCCAAGAGCAGCAUCGAGGCCAAGCCAGACGCCAGCCCGCAGCUGCACAAGAAAUCUGUGACCAACAGCACGCUGACAUCGACGGGCAGCAGUGAGGCGCUGGCGUCUUUUGAAGGGGCUCUCAUGGUGGAAGAGGACACAGACUGCCAGAUCGACGGAGAUCUCCUCGCUCCCCAGAUCAACAACGACAAGAUCAACGACAAUGACAACAGCAUCCUGGUCAACUCCCCCUCGCUGGACUUCAAUGACAACGAGGACCUCCCGACUGAGCUGAGUGACUCCUCGGAGACACACGACGAGGGCGAGGUGCAGGCGUUCUACGAUGACCUGAAUGGACGGGUGUUCAUCAACGAGGUGUUCAAGUUCAGUGUGGACAAGAUGCACAGCCUGCUCUUCACAGAGUCGCAGUUCAUGAGGGACUUCCUGGAGCAGAGGAGGUUCUCAGACAUGGUGUACCACCCGUGGAAGAAGGAGGACAAUGGCAAUCAAACCAGAGAGAUCAUGUACACAAUCACCCUGACUAACCCCCUGGCCCCCAAAACUGCCACCGUCAACGAAACGCAGACACUCUACAAAGCUAGCCAGGAGAGCGAGUGUUACGUCAUCGACGCGGAGGUGAUAACGCAUGAAGUUCCGUAUCAUGACUACUUCUACACACUGAACCGAUACACUCUUACGCGAGUAGCCAAAAACAAGUGCCGGCUGAGGGUGUCUACAGAGCUUCGAUACAGGAAACAGCCCUGGGGGCUGGUCAAGAGUUUUAUAGAGAAGAACUUCUGGAGUGGCCUGGAUGACUACUUCAGACAUCUAGAGAUGGAGCUGACGAAGGCAGAGUCUCUGUUCACCGAACACCACCGGCAGUCCCCCAAAGAGAAGACGACGAAAACGGUGAGCGUGCGGCGGAGGAAACGACCGCUCGCUCACAUCCGUGCCCAGCACCUAGAGGAGGCUAUCAGCCCAGUCACCACCCCCACUGACGAAGAGGUCAUCCACCGCAUCAAACACGUGGCAGGUUCCACACAAACUAAAUACAUCCCAGAAGAAGGUCCUAGCUUUGCAUUGUACAGCGUUUCCAAGUUACUGCUGAUAGUCAGCUUUGUCUUGGUGUUACUGGUGUUUUUGAACAUGAUGCUGUUCUACAAGCUGUGGGUGCUGGAGUACACCACACAGAGCCUCACCACGUGGCAGGGGCUACGGCUUCACGAGAGCAAGCUGCCGCAGUCUCAGAUGGAGUGGGCCCAGCUAUUGGAAUCACAGCAGCGAUACCACGACGCAGAGCUUCUGAAGUGGAAGGAAAUAAUCAGAUCGUCAGUGCUGCUUUUAGAUCAGAUGAAGGACUCUCUUUUAAACCUCCAGAAGGGUAUUGGGUUGAGGGAUUACAGUUCAGAGGCAGAGGAGAAGAGAAACCGCUAUCAUUGACAAGACAAUUCAAUGGCCAAAAGGGAACGGUGUGCAAUAUAUAAAUAUCCAUACAGACAAAUUAAAAAAAACAAAGAUUAGUAUACGUACUGGAACCACAGGAUAGUGGACUCGGACUGGCUGCUGCUGCUCCCCAGAAGGGGACUUGAAAAACAGCCGGACUCGCCCACAAAACAGGAAGUGGAGCUCUCUUACACUGAGGCAGCAUGGGAAAGACCGCAGCCACACAAACCUGGGCCUACACUCCUUUAUUAUAUAUUUUUAUUUCAUUAUUUUUUUGGGGGGAAGGGAAGGGGUGGCUUUUUCUAGAACGUUGUACUGUAAGCUUGUACUGUGCAAAAACACAACACAACCCCAAAAAAGGCAUGUAACUUACUCUCUAGACUGUCCUUGUUCAAUGAAGGCGUGUAGUUCAAGUCCUGUGUAAUCUGUCUAAAAUCAGAUUUAAAAGAAGAGAGGCUUUUAUUAAUAAUAUUAUUGAAGACCUUGUUCAGGCAUCUCCAGACCGUACCCAAGAACCAGGACUUCAGCGCCCCUUUUCUAAACUGAUGUCAGGUGGAGGGGACCAGGUGCAGUCAGGUGCACUGAUCAUUAUUUUUUGUAACGUAUUUUCUGAAGUUGUUUUUUUUUUUUUUUCUAUAGAAAUAAUACCUUUGUUUGCUGUCAGUGCACCCACGCUGUAUAAGCUAAGCUUCCAUGGAAAGGCAGGAGCAGGUUCCCCUGGUAGAUCCAUGCCAUGGUGCUGUACACACCCGUGUGUAAGUCAAGGUUCAUCUCUAACUACCAUUGACUAUUCCAGCUUAUGGCAGGUGAACUGAUUUUACUUUUCAGAAAGUCCCUACUAAAAUGGAGUAACCCAUGUUAAUAUAGAGGCUUGAUAAUAAAGCAGUUUUACUGCUAGAAAAUUAUUCUUCUGUAAACAACUCAGUCUAGCGAGACCCCACCCCCACCCCCUUCAUUUUACCAGCGAUCUGAAUAGAUUCAAAAAUCUUGUCCCAGCGUAUGGGAUUGUGCAGGUAGUCUUAUGAGAGAUUGGUUUAUUCCUGGGCGUGUGCAGUGGUUAUACCACAGGGUUUGGAACCCACUCAUGACUGUUGCCCAGAAUCAAGGCACUGUGAAUGGAUACUGAAAGCCCUUUGGUAUAAUAAAGCAUUGUGCUUAGUUUUUGAAAAGGUUUCGGAGAUCCUUCUCUUUAUAGGUGUGGGUGGGUCCUGUCUCAUAGAACUCUCUCUCAAACAAAUCGUGAUAAGUAAAAUUGUCUGGGGCUGCAAGAAACCAACAAAGAUUGAAAGAGGGGUGGGGUUUACCAGCUACUUUUAAACAAAUGUGUCUCCUAGAAAGAGAGUAUGGGGAAGAGACCUGAUCUUCAGAACUUGUCAUUUAAAAAGGGGCGCUGCAGCUUCUACUGUUUUUGAGUGACCUUAAUGUUCUAAAUGUAUGAAUUAUAAACUGUGAAUAUAAUAUAUUGAAAAUGCUUGAAGAUGGAAAAAAAAGAAUAGAAUUAUAAUGCAGAUUAUUUAUUAUGACUAUGUAUAUAGAGAAAACUUAGAGCUGUUACAGGCGGGUCAGAGACAAAACAAGUGUGUGUCUGUUGUGUUUGUUACUCUGUACCAUCAAUCAAGGCAUGUCUGUGACAUGUAGGAUGCUUGUUGCGUGUGAAAUGUUAACCAUUCCAUGUCUGUGUAUGUGUCCAUGCAGUAGCUGAAGUGUUAAUAGUAACAUAGCCAAACUGCCUUUUGCAAACCCAACCGGAUGUAUCCAUCUGCUGGCCAAUGCGUGGUAUUACACCUGUGCUUAGUCUGAAUGACAGCGGCAGACGUUUCAACUGCAGAACAGACUGACGCAAGAAUAGGAUCCUUGAGAUUAGUAGCUACAUUCCUGACAAUAUUUCAGAUUAAACUCAUAAAAACAAUGCUAGCUCCACGGCAGGACUACUUCUUAAUCUGCCUGGACAGUCUGCUUGCUUGUAAAUUGAGGACAGAUCCCAUAUUGUUAUAGUGAAGGUCCAUAGGAUCCAUGGAUAUUGCAGCCGGAGUAUUUUAGCAAAAGCAGGUUAAAGCAAAGGCUUGUGGGAAGUUGAAACAAGGCCCACGUUUAACUGAAAACUUCCACCAUAAAUAAAAUUGGACACUUUAAAAUACCUAUGCAAUGCACAAUAAAAGCAAAUUUAAUUAUUUUAAAAAAAAUAAAUAAAAAGAUUUAACAUUAAGAACGGAACUGCCAGUGGUUCUUGGAGUAGUAGUCAAUUUUAUGAAUAGCCCUAAAUAAUAAUAGCUGUGUAUAGAAAGACAAUCUGCUUUGGGCUGUAUAACAGAAGGCUGUUCCUUACACAUCCAGCUAGUGAUCAUUCCCAGAGAAUACAUGUCGCUGUUGGGAAACAAGUUGAAUAUGAGGGGGCGCUCCCGCCUCAAGUAUUCAGCUUCUACCUGUACUGCCAAUGGAGUAAUUAAAACAGAGACACUGUCAUUUACAAUAGACGCAGGGCACAAGGAGAUUCACAUGUUCUGGUGUGGGACUUCAUUUGCAUAGAAGUCUAUUCUGCUUUGUCUGAUAACUAGAGUAUCCAUUGCUCUCGGCCACUUGCUUGCAUAGAUAGAUAGAUAGAUAGAUAAGAUAAGAUAAAACACCUGGCCAGGGCCUUGCUAUGUUAAGGUGGCCAAUAGAGAAACUGAAUUGAAGGCACCAGCUCUGUAUACUGCUGGGUCUGUUCUUGCCAGACAGUGCCACUGGAUUGUAGUCAAAACUGGAUAUGCUUGAAGUGGAUUACUAUAACAGUGGGGGUGUGCUGAUUCUCAUACUCAUAAUUGCCUUUAAGAAGUAUUUAUCAGCAGGUAUUAAACAAAAAUCGCUCAUUAAAAAUGUGUUGAUUUCAAAACACAAGAAGCUGUCCUUCCCUCACCUUCACAACGGAGUACAAAUCAAUGGUAGUUCCGCAUGACAUGUUUUAGAAGCGGAUUUUCCUCUCGCCUGUACCGAGGCAGUACAGCUGUUUAGGAUUACAAGCUCAGGUUUCAGCACACCUCUACUAAACAGUCCGUGCAUAUACGUUGUACUCCAGUGGUAGUACAGGCUGGGAACUUUUCAUUUCAUUCAUUGUCUCGUCCCAAUCAGCAGAGUGUGUUGAUUUCCUCCUGUUUUCACUGUGUACAGCAGAGAGCCACACUGACCGACCAAAAAAAAAAAAUCUUCUGCCAAAAUUCAGUGCGCUUAAAUAACUGAAAGCAAAAGGUUUUGCCCUUUUUAAAGUUUUUGAAGAAAAUAAAAAAAGGAUUGAUAAAUUACAAUGCUAAAAAAAGUGUCAAAACAUGUAAUGCCGUGACAAAAGGUCCUGUAAAGAAGAUGAAAUUAUACACUGUGUUAAACCAAAAAUACAUACUGCUGCUAUUGAUGUAGACAGCGGGAGACAAACACUGUACAGCUCUGUAUUCAUCCAUCCUAGGAUAACGUGCCCCCUCAUUACCCUUCCCAAAGACAGCAGAUACAACAGUAGGAGUCCAGCAAAGGGCAGGCAAAUCAGAUUCAAGACAGAUAGAUUUAAAACAGACCUCAUGGUACUGUGUUUAAAAGUCAUUUGUUUAAACGCAGUCCUAUUUCAAUACAGAUCCUGCAGGUUCCUGUGAAAAGGCUUGACCUUGGUACAGAAGGAAACGCCGGUGAACGUACCCCAAGUACAGCAAAGCGUUUUAGUGCACUUUAUAGAUCUACAAAAGGAAAUGCUGUUGAAACAAGACGUCAACUACAGACGAAGUUAUUAAUGCAUAUACUUAUUGUAAAUAUAUUAAAAAGGAAGAUGUGAUUGAGACGCAGUAUUGUCAUAUUGCUGCCGUGAAGGCGGAGCACAGCACUACCCAGCUCAAGAGCUGCGUCCCGUGCGGUGUUACUGCAUUUGUAAUCGAUGGAUCAUGUCAUUUACAGCGCUGUAGGAAUGGGUUGCGAUGUUCUAUGAUAGGGUCUUCAGCCCUUGAUGGAUUCAAAACUUCAUUCAGAACAGGCAGAAGUGCAGCGUUUGAAGUUUUUCACACGUUAUGAGAUUGGAAAUGUUUUUUUAAACAGGCUAAGCGUGGGUUACAGUGGUUAAUCAUAUUAUAUACAGAUAUUAAAUCUGUGCUCGAUACAUGGAAGUCUGGCCACCAGUGGCAUUAUGCGCUGUUAGCAUAGAAAACAUUCCCUAUUCUAAAUAGUGUGAUUUUUGGUGCAAGCACAGGCAUGAGGCGUGCUGUAGUGCUGCAAUAUCAAUAGCGGAGAUAUGGUUUCUUUUUAAAGAUUGUAGUAUUUGGUUUACAUUUCAGGACAUAACCCUUAGAGAAACUAUACAAAUACAUACAUUAAAAAAGACUUCCAUACCACACAGAGUUACAAACAUAUACAAAAUAUACCCCAGAGCUUCAUUUUAUCCUGAUCUGAAAAAAAUUGAAGUAACGUCCUAAUAUGAUUCAAGUUCCAUUUGCAAACACAAUGUCAGUAUAACUAUGUGGGUGCUGCCUCAGCUGUAGUAAAGCAUUCUAAUUACACAGUUUUUAUUGAGUUAAGCAUUAUGAUGGGUCCAAUAUUCUUUUGAAUUUUUUCCUUUUGAGAAAAAAACUUUAAUUUUAAAAUGUAUGGUUAAUUUUUAAAUGUACAAAAUGCAUUUUGUAAUUGAAUCUAUAUACAAAUAUAUAUAUGAUUGUUAAGAUCUCUUGAAUCUAUUGUAGAGCUUGUAAAUAUAUACCUAUAUCUCUAUAAUGUGUUUCAGGGAAACAUACAGUAUGUAUUCACAAUAUAUUUCAAGACUUUUACCAACAGUAUUUUUGCUGUUUUAACAUCAGCAAUCUUUGGACCACCUUUUUAGACCCGACAGAUAUGUGGCUCCCCCUUUGUCAGUGAUGGUACAAUCCAAGAUAUUCAGGUUCAACAGAAAGUUAAAUUGGACCUGGCCAGCUUAUUUUGCAAACAGGGGUGGUCCAGACUCUAAUAAGAAUUUGUGCUUCAUGUCUUUGAGCAGGUCAUGUGUGAGAGAUGUCCUGUGUUUGUUGUUAGACGCUGAGGGUAAUCUGUCAGAGAAUGAACUAAUAAAAUGCCUGUUCAUUUCAGAGUAAAUGCAGGUCCUGUAUACAGUACUUAUGACUUGCCCCUGGAUACCCAGUGAAGCACGAUGUCUAAAGCUUACCAGAAAUCAACCCAGUCCCGAGGUUACUCUCAAUGGAUUUGCAGUACGACGUCAAUCCGAGAGUAUGAAAUAUCUGCACCAGUUGUGAUAUUACAAUUGGCCGAAAGUGAAAUAUUACUGGGUUGUUUUCUUCAGGCAACUGUCAAAGCAAUAUUUUCAAACAGUCUUGAAUUGAGCUCCAGUGUGAAAACUGCUUGAAAAUGUUCCCCAAAACACGUGUUGGAGAAUUGUAUUCAUAUCUCUAAUGGGGUUGGGGUUAAUUCCAUUGUUUCAAUUCCAAUUCCCUUUUAAUCAAUUCCGAUUCCAAUUCCCAGUCUGAAGGGAAUGGAUUUUAAUUGGAAUUAACCCGAACCCUGAUCCCUAAUAAUCAAUUUGAUCUUAACACCCAAUUCCAGUAACAAUAAGUAUGCUCUUGGCAGAAUACCCUCAUUGCUCUAAUAAUAUAUUUGAAGUACAUGAUGGGGGCGUAUUAUUAUUAUGAUGCAAAUGUAAGUUCUGGGCAUACUCCCCAUGCAGUUUAAAAGACAUUUAUCCCUAGACUGUAACUGUACAGGGAAUUGUGUGCACAAUGAGAGGACCCUUCAGAACACGUCGGACGCUUGAUUUCAGAAGUGAAUCAAUCCGGAACGCUCGCUGCCUUUUGAGAAUUUGUGAAGGCGGCGAAAUAGCCGUUGCAUAUUCAUAUUGUAAUUCGGAAAUGGGAAAAAUAAAAAAUAAAUUAAAAAAAGCAACAGCAGCACAGGUUUGCAAUGUAAAAGCAAGAUUGCUCUAAGUGAUACACCAAAAAAUAAAAAAUAAAAAUCACUUUUUACAACGAACGGGGGUCCUUUCAUAUGCAGUUAUGAAAUGAAGUCUUUGGGUUUUCAGUACUGUGCUUGUGUUUCAUUUCGCUCACCAUUGAGGUGGGAUCGUUGGUAUCUUGGAGCAUGCUUUUGGCUUGGACUCUGCUGUGUGUGGUGUGAACAAUGCAAGAGUAGCGGUGAUGGGAGAGGCAGUACUGGGUCUUUGCUUUGUGGACAUCACGAUGGUUGGAAAUGUUUCUGUUUUAUAAAAAUGAUUUAAAAAAGGGCAGGCUAUUGGUAUCAAAGUUCUAACAAAAGUGAUUCAAUGAAUAAGAUAUUCAGGGGAUACCUGUUUUUUUGUAUUACUUCAUUAUGAUGAUGAUGACGAUUAUUAAUUCCAUGGAUUUUCUUGAAAAUAGCCUCUUUUUUGUGUAACUUAGCGACUCUCUUUUUGUCCGUUUUUAACAGAAAUGUUCCUCCUUGUAAAGGUUCUGUUUGAAUCCUAGUCUAUCCCACCAGCUGGAUGCUGCAGUGCAAUGUUAGUCGGUUGCUUGCCAUUUACUUACCGGCCAGAGCAGCGGCAAGUGAAUUAGCUUGCCAUCGUACGAUACGUCUGUACUAGACCUAAACUGUGGGUUUCUUUACUAUGAAAUGAGAUCUAUCUAGAAUUUGCGGAGGACUCCGGUGACUGGAGAGGAGUUUGGAAUCUGGAGUUGUUUUUUUUUCUUGGCUCUUCUGAACUUACACGGGAGGGGAGUUUUUAUUUUUUUAUUUUGUAUUUUUUUGUUGUUGUCAGGGAGGUGUUUAAUAGCUUUAAUGUAAAUGUAUCUGUCCCCGAUAACCCAGGUAUCCCAGACACUGCCUUUUGCCCACAUUGCAACAGAACUUACAGCCACCUAUUCAUAGUCUGCCGGUUACGUGACUUCUUUUGAAUGACACAAGCAAACAUGAUGACAAUAAAUUAAAAAUUAUAUAUAAAGAAAAAAAAAAGAAAAAAAAUUCUGGACUGUGUUCUUCAAGGUGUGUCAUGGCAUGAGCUAACUGAAGUAUGUUAGACCUGUUUUGAUCUCCAAUAUCUAGUGUGUGUGUGUGUGUAUAUAUAUAUACACACACACACACACACACACACACACACACACACACACACACACAUAAAAACUCUGCGCUGUGCGUGGGUUUGGGUAUAUCGAUAACCUUGCCUACCAGGAUAUAAAAAUGUCUAUCCAGUAAAUGUAAAGUAGAAAAUGAAGGUAUGAAUAAAGUAUUGAACAAACUUUUAA